AUGUCCCAUCAUUCCCGUCGGCUACCAUUUUUGGCAUACCUCUUCCUCACCCUCGUCCUCACAAUCACUCUACUCAUCUCGUUCGAAUUCUUCUCGAGACCCGUCGGCGUGUUUUCUGAAGAUGGCGAUCAUGUGCCGUUCGACUUCUUCACCAAUUUCCAAGUUCAUCCGUCGAGGGACCACCAUCAGAACGUCUCAGUGCUUGUGCUCAUCAAUAGCGUGCCCAAAGAGGUGGCGUUGCGCGACGCGAUUCGCGAUUCAUGGGCCAACGUGUCGGCGUACGAUGGCGCGAUUCGCGUCGAGUUUCUCAUCGGCCAACCCGACGCCGAGCAUCGAUCGGCGAUUCGCGCCGAGCAAAAUGAGCACGAUGACAUCAUCAUUGCCAACAUCGACGAGGGCUACUACGAGUUGAGUGUCAAAACGAUGGCGAUGCUCGUUUAUAAGGCAAGAUUCUACCCGAAAACCAAAUGUCUUGUGAAAGCCGACAGCGACAACGUGCUCAUGCUUCCCAACUAUCUUCGACUUUGCGAGGAAACCGUGGCGCCGAGAAUCGUCGGCAAAUGCGACGUGCCGCGACAUGUGAUUCGAAUGUCGACGAAAUGGGCGGUGCCGAAAUUCGUGUUCGCCGAUGAGCUCUAUCCGGCGUAUUGUUCGACGGGAACCUACACGUUCAUCGGCGCGAAUCUGCCGCAGCUACUCAUCAACAAGGCGAUGAAGGGCAGUUUUGCGACGUCGCGCAAUUUUCGGCGACUAUCCGAAGACGUGAUCUUCACGGGAAUUCUCGCCGAGCAGGCCGGCGUCGCGCGACGCCACGUCAACGGCCUCUCGUUCUUCGCGCAGCCCGAAUUCGAGUGUCGCAACAGCUUCAAACACACCUACAGUAUUCAUAUGAAUCGCGACAAGAACCCGACAAAGUAUUAUCACAUGUUGAAGCGAAUUGAAGGCGAACGAUGCCGCUGGUGGAACCGGUUCAGUGUCCGCAGAUGGACCUAA